ACAUUUCCCAAUUCAUUAAAAAUAAAAUAAGAAAAAUUUUGUGUUUACUUCUUUCUUUGCAGUCUUAUUUAUUGUCUCUCUUCAGAGACUUCAAUUUUUCCAUUAGGGUUUGCAAAUUUCAGAUAGAAACAAACCAAUUCAUCCUCAAACACUCAUUAUCUCAGCUUCGCUCUCAUGCACCGUUGAGAGUGUUUGCUGAGUUAUUAUGGCACCUAAAGAAGAUCAGGCUUGUAAAGCUGCUGAGAUUGCCAUUGGAUCGAUUGGGCGUGGAUAUGAUAUAUCUUCUGAUAUAAGGCUCAAGUUUUGUAAAGGGGAUUCUAUUCAUUCGCGUUUGAUUGAGAUUGAUGAACAUGAUGUAAGAGAGGUUGUUUUACCUGGUGGAGUUUCGUUACCAAAUGUUUCCAAGUUAAUAAAAUGUGAUAAAGGGGAACGCACUAGGUUCAGGUCUGAUGUUCUGUCUUUUCAACAGAUGACAGAGCAGUUCAAUCAGGAAUUGUCUUUGACCGGAAAGAUUCCAUCGGGGCUUUUCAAUUCAAUGUUUGAAUUUUCUGGGAGUUGGCAGAAAGAUGCAGCGCAUACCAAGACCCUUGCUUUUGAUGGGGUGUUAAUAACACUUUACACUGUUGCAUUAGAGAAGUCUCAGAUGAUACUUUGCGAUCAUGUUAAAAAAGCUGUACCAUCAUCAUGGGACCCACCUGCAUUAGCAAGGUUUAUCGAUACCUUUGGGACCCAUAUCAUUGUUGGUAUGAAGAUGGGAGGAAAAGAUGUAAUAUAUUUGAAGCAGCAGCACUCAUCAACUCUCCAACCGGCUGAUGUUCAGAAAAAGUUGAAAGAAAUGGCAGAUAAAAGGUUUCUGGAUACUAAUGGCCAAUAUAGCGUGGCUUCUGAUCAAGUUUUCCCAAAUAACAAGUUUGGAACCAGGACGCAGAGGCUAACCUUUGCUAAUAUUAGUCCAUCAAGUUCUUAUUCACAUAAGGAGGUGUGCUUACACAAUUUAAGCUGGAAUAAUUUUUUAAUAUUUAUCUUUACAAUAGCGGUCACCUUAUAUUAUUUAUGUUUUUUGCAGGAUAUUGUAAGCUUUUGCAAGAGAAGAGGUGGAAGUGAUGACAAAAGUCUAUCGCAUAAUGAGUGGUUACAGACCGUUCAGUUGGAGCCUGAUGUGAUCUCAAUGUCCUUCAUUCCAAUAACCUCUCUAUUGAAUGGAGUUCCGGGGAGUGGAUUCUUGAGCCAUGCCAUAAACCUAUAUUUACGAUAUAAGCCACCAAUUGAAGAACUCCACCAAUUCUUGGAAUUCCAGCUGCCAAGGCAGUGGGCACCUGUAUUCAGUGAACUUCCUCUUGGUCCACAAUGGAAGCAACGGAACUCUGCAUCUUUACAAUUUAGCUUCAUGGGGCCAAGGCUCUAUGUGAACACCAUACCGGUUGAUGUAGGAAAGAGGCCAGUGACUGGUCUCCGUCUCUAUCUUGAAGGUAAGAAAAGCAAUCGGCUGGCCAUCCAUAUGCAACACCUUUCAUCUCUUCCAAAAAUCUUCCAGCUUGAAGAUGAUUCAAAUGAAAACCUUCGGCGAAAGUCAUACGAUAAGAGAUUCUAUGAGAAGGUUCAAUGGAAGAAUUUCUCUCAUGUGUGCACUGCUCCUGUGGAAUCCGAGGAGGAUCUUUCAAUAGUAACUGGAGCACAAUUGCAAGUUGAGAAUUACGGCUUUAAAAAUAUACUCUUCUUAAGACUUAAAUUCUCAACUGUGUUGGGAGCUAGGGAGGUAAAACAUCCUGAGUGGGAUGGGUCGCCUGGGCUAGGAGCCAAGUCGGGACUCAUAUCCACUCUUAUUAGCCAACAUUUCACAGGGGCUUUUCAGAAGCCGCCUCCACGUCCAGCAGAUGUUAAUAUAAAUUCAGCUGUGUAUCCGGGCGGCCCUCCUGUUCCCGUCCAAGCUCCCAGGCUUCUUAAAUUUGUUGACACAACUGAGAUGACUAGAGGACCACAGGAGACUCCUGGCUAUUGGGUUGUCACUGGAGCAAGACUUUUGGUUGAGAAGGGAAAAAUUUCUUUACGGGUUAAGUAUUCUUUGUUGACUAUGAUAUUACCUGACGAUGAUGAUGACGAAAUGUUGGAUGAUCGGUAGUCGACUUUGUUAUUUUUAUUCGUUAGGCCUUUCUCACUUUCAUCAGCAGAACUAAGUGUUCAUUUUUCAGGAGGAAGAGGUUGGGAGAGAAGGGGGAUGGUAUUUUUCAUCAAGAUAAAUUGGCUUUAGUUUUCCUAAUCGGGUAGGCUGUCCUUUUUACAGCCAUUAUACAACACGAAAAGAUUCAUUCAGUGAGGGAGUUUGUUUGAUGAAAUUGAUGUGAAGGGAUGAGCAUAAGUGCAAGGAUUUUUCCCCAAUUGGAAAAUUGACUAGCUGAAUUUUAACUCCACUGGUCUCUGGUGAAUCAUCUUCCUAUUGUUUUCAUUAGAUCACCUGGAGAAAUUCUGUUGUAAACACUAAUAUAUAUCAAUUUAAUAUGUUCAAAAUUCAUGUCAUAUCUUUUAUUCGAUUUA